GCAGUGCUCAAUAAACACUUGGAUGUGAAUAAUGGUGUCGUUCACACUCGACUGAUGUUAUCAAAUGAAAGCACAACAAACAUCAUGUGUUUCUCUGGUUCUGCUCCAUCAGCUGAAGAGGAACCUGCUGCUGCUGCUGAAGAAGAAGAAGCAGAAGCUCCAGCUGAAGCAGAAGCCGAUGCACCUGUCGGAGAUCCUGAAGUUACUGAAGAAGACGUGACCGCUGUACUGGAGGAACCGGUGCACUCUGGCGACGCAGUGGAAGUUCAUUCUGUAGGAUUUGAUCUUGCUGAUGCGUUCCCUGAAGAUAUAGAAGAGAAAGCACAACCAGAGGAUCCAGGAGAGAAUGCAGUGGGAGGUGCGGACCGGCACAGCGCAGGUCAAGGCAAAGCUCGCAGCGCUGGAGCCGUUUCUGAGCCGAACGAGAGCGGAUCCAGUACAGUUGUUGGUGUUGUUUGUGGGAUCGCAGUAGCAGCUGUUGGAGCCAUAACCGGAUACUUCACCUAUCAGAAGAAGAAACUGUGCUUCAAGGUCCAGAGAGGUGACCCGGAGAGCGCCAAAGAAGAGAACGGCACGCAGAGCGACCCACAGGUUUUAAGCACUCUCCUGAACUCAUCUUAACUCCAGCAGUGAAGCAGCCGAGUCCUGUGAAGCGACUGUGAACUGCUUUACACAGGAAAUACUCACAACUGAGUCAACUUCACAAACACAUUCACAGAACAGAACGUCAGCACAAAUAUCUUCCUGACGCAGAUUAGGGCUUUUUCAUAAUAUCUCAUCUUCCUACUGCUUCGACUACAGUUCUGGACUAGCACUAGGACUGUUAAUAAUUGUUUUGAAUGUAUUUUCACAUAGUUUGAGAGGGAUGGGAUGUGUGUGUGCGUGUAUGCAUGUGUAAUUCGACAGCCUUCUGGGAGAGGCAUUUCAUUUCGUUACUUUAAAAAGUGUCAUUAAUCACACAGUUUUGUUUGAUUCACAAAAAAGAAAAAGCAAAUCUCAUACCGUGGAAUGAUUCACUUUAAAAUUGUGUUGUCUGACCAAAUAAAAUUCGUAGGACGUCUCUUUUGAUUUUGUUUUUGUUUUUUAAAUCCUGUAAAUAAUUGUUGAGUUUGAAUAAAAGGGUGGUUACAUUUAUAUAA